GAGCGUUGAACGUUGGAAGCUUGGUCGGUAACAGCGCCCAUCCAAGGCGUGAACAGGGAAGGGGCCAUUGGAAGUUCGGAACGGUAGAGCAACUUUUCUUUGCCGAACCCGCGCAUGCCAUCGUGAUUUAUCAGUUUGACUAUAUUUACGUACCGAUGUCUUUCCGGUAGCGCCGCCUAACCCAUCCAGAUUCUUCACCCAUCGUUGAGCUUCCGGCCACACAGCACCGUGCACUGCCGGGGUAGCUGCCUUGGUCCGUCGCAAUGGUCGCGCCAGCUGUCCCCGAGCUUACGGAGGAGGUCCUCCACGAGGCAAUUGAUACGCGCACCGAGUCGCUCGUCUCCUUGCGCGAGCUUGGCCCUCCCGAUCUUGUGCAUCUGGUGAAGCAGCCUCUCAGGAGCGGCGGGAAAGCUCUAGGUGUCUACCACCAUGUCACAGGCGUGGAUGCCUCGUCGUCCGCGAGCCUGGCUGCCUACAUCAACACGCUAGCGUACAAAGAGUUUGGCCCAUCAGCUACUACCAAGACUCUCGAGGGCACCUACUGUUGCUAUAAUGCCUUUUCGCGAGUCGACAUGCGCGUCCACGCCCCUUUUCCCGGAUCGGUUGAGAGCUACUGCAUCGACGAGCGGGGCGAGAAGAAGAAGGCGACCGACGAGCUCUGGCUCGAGACAUACCUUUGCAGCGUGUUGCGCGCCUAUUCCUAUGCCGACGACGGAACCGGCGACACCAUAAGGAAGAUCAUUGGGGUCCGGCGGUUCAACCCUGUGACCAACACCGAGACCGAGCAUCGCUUCCUCAGCGCGGCUGAACAACUCUUCUUCAGGGGUUGGCAAUUGGGGUCCGAUUCCGUCGUGCAGGUCCCAAAUCUGGUGUCCAACCAUCUUACAGCCGGCCUGCUCAAGUACUUCCGCACCACUGGCCGUUACGCUUCCGGUAUUAACCUGUUUGAGAAACUGCGAGCUCAGAAUGUCGAAGUUGCGUCCCUCCUUGCGAAGGUCCUGUUCAUGGGAAACGAAGAGGUGCAAGGGAUACGCGUGCUCCACGAGGCCCUGAAGCAAUCACCAAUGGACUACGUGAUGCUCGACACCCAGGCCGAAUUCCUGCUGAAGAAGGCGAAAAAUGCGGCGACACCAGAGCAGAAAGAGGAAAGAUUGCGCAUGGCCCUCGGCUCCGCGGAUCGAAGCACCAUUGCCGCACCUAGUGAGUUUGGGACAUGGGCGAGAUUAGCUGAGGUGUAUGUGGCUAUGGAGGACUGGGAGAAUGCCCUGACCACCCUCAACUCAUGUCCCAUGUUUACCUAUCAGGACAAAGACGCGCCCGUAAUGCCGGAGCCCAGAGACAUCAAUCUUCCGACCCUUGCAGAGACGAGGCUGGACGAGAUUGACAGCGAGCCAGAAUCUCGGUAUUCGGAACAGGUUGACCCGAGUCUGUUGAAUCUGCGCGCCGCUGCGUAUCGGGGAACGUUCAAGCAUGCGUACGGCAUUUUGACGGAGAUGACGGCAAAGAUCGGGUGGGAUCAGCUUCUGAAGAUACGGAGCAAUGUCUUUGUCAUGGAAGACGAGUACCGAGAGAAGCAGGAGUCGGCCACUUAUCCCAAGAAUCGCAAUGCCAGCACCGAUGCUCUACGCGGAACGCCGGACCCUACCACCAAUGGCGGCGCCGCCUCUGACGCGGGAGAUGACGAAGAGCAAGAGGAAGCCGAAGAGCCAGAGAAGACGGAAGAGGACGUAGAUAGCGAACCCGUUGCGCAAACCCUCGUCCCCAACGGCGGAGCCGACGAUAUCGAGAGGCCUUCUAGCGCAGUUGAUCCAGAAGGGGCCAAAAAGACGGACGAGAAUGGUUCCAAGGACGACCAUUUCUCUCGUCUCAAUAACAAGCGGCUCUGCGAGCGUUGGCUUGACAGCCUCUUCAUGGUGCUCUAUGAGGACCUGCGCGUCUACACCAUAUGGCGCACGCAAAUGGCCCAAUACCGCGCGCAGAGCAUGCAAUACAAAAAGUCCGCCGAGGAAUGGGAGAUCCUUGGGUCUCUUGCCGAGCGCCUGCAGCACACCGACGAGGCGGUCGAGGCCUACCGCGCCUGCCUUGCACAGCGCUUCAGCCCCAAGGCCCUGGCGGGUAUCCUCAAGGUGUUUGAGAAGACGAAGGGCAGCACCCGCGACACGGUCGCCGCCACCAUCCGCCUUGUCACCUGGCAGUACCGCUGGUACAGCGAAUUCUCGCCCGAGCUGCUUCACACGGUCCGCAUGCUCAUCGAGGACGAGGGGGCUGUCAAGAUCAGGAGCAUCAUCCAGGCGACGAACCUGCCGCAGUCGGUGCUGGAUUUGACCCAUCACUACGCCGCGCUCUGUGCCACAUUUAGGAGCAGUGGCACAGAUGGUUAAGAGGAGGAAUAUGGGGUGGCAAAGGGAGUCCCGGGAGGUGCGGAAAUGUAGCGUGGGAUAAUUAGCGGUGGCCGUGACAGUCUGCAGUUGUAAUCGGGUGCGUGUUCGACAAUGAUACCGUUCUGAUGAUGGUUGUGGAAAAAUUAGACUUUCGUACCAUCCAGCUUCUCGCGCUUGCCGGGCCGCUGGAAUCGUAUGUCUCUUGCUUGGCGACACGCAUUUGUCCUGCAGCUGGGGUCGCACAGCGAAAUUCAAUCAACGAUUCAGGGGCA